AUGUAUUUUCAGCUAUUUCAUAAAGGUAUAUUUAUCACCCGGUUAUUACGGUUGGACCGAUGUGCAUCUCUGCCUGGUUUGCCGUAUUCCUCCAAUUGUAUUUCUCCCGAUAUUGUCCAAAAUUUCACUCCCAAGAAGGCUCUUUUGCUCUCCAAGAUGACCAAGCACGAAUUCUUGCGCUCUCUCGAGCAGUGCGCAGAUGAAGAACAUCUGAAUCUUGCUCUGCUGCGCCGCGGCGUCGACGUUGAUUUCCUCAGAUAUAGACACGAUUUGCAUUGUCGAAAAUUGUCAGAAAUUCAACGUACACUCAGAUCAAGAGGUUUGGAAGUUAAGGUAGUGGGUCGCAGCGACUAUCACGUGGAUGCAAUUGCCUGGGCUGAUGUGGUAUUCACUGCAGGUGGAGAUGGGACUUUUUUGUUGGGCGCAAGCAAAAUUCACAAUCGGACCAAGCCGCUUAUUGGAAUCAACACAGAUCCAGAUUUCUCCUAUGGUUAUCUUUGCCUGCCACGAAGCUACACAAGCAACUUUCAUCAGGCACUGGACUCCUUACUGGCAGGAAAUUUCGAGUACUUCUGGCGAAGUCGGAUUCGGGUCACCAUGUGGCAUCACCGCGAUCAACCCGUGAAGCCGGGACUUCUGGACAAGCGAAGACCUGUCGCCACAAACGGACCGGAUGAUUUUGCACCUCCUGUUUUGGACUGUUCUAUGGCAUCCCUCAUUCCGCAGCAUGCUCGGGAUCAGAUGAUACCUACCGUCCUUCCAGUUGUGGCAUUGAAUGAAGUGUAUAUUGGUGACGCUCUCGGUGCUCGGGUAUCCCACUAUGAAAUCUCCGUAGACGGUGAUGCAUCUGUCCGGCAAAAGUCUAGCGGCAUUCUCGUCAGCACUGGAACCGGAUCCACCUCUUGGUACAAACAGGUUACUGCUGUGUCCCCACAAACUGUAGCCCACCUGCUAUCAUUAGCGCGAGCGGUCGGAUACGGCGGGCAUAAUGCAAAAGCGCCAUCACCCAUCGAGCGUCACUAUAGCUCACCUCCGGAUCAAACCAACGCGUUUUCUCAUGGUGUCAUCUGUUUAGAUUCUGUCGCUGCAGAAGUGGCGAGGCAGUACAACGACUCUUUGCGCCUUGACCCUACCGAUGCACGUAUGGCGUAUGUCGUCCGCGAUCCAAUGUGUAACGCCGUCUUCAAUGUGGACAAACCGCGUGGACUCGCCACAAAUCUGCAAGUCCGAUCUUUGAUGCUGGAUGCCCAGUUGGUUUUUGAUGGAGGCUACACUUACCCAUUCCCAUACGGCUCAGUUGCGGUCUUCUCCACGAACGAACAAGACCCACUUUGCUGUGUUCGGCUGCGUGACUGUGGUUCUUGA